ACUUGCUUGAACAUACCACGGAAGUGUGAGACAAACGUUGAGCGGCAUCUCCAGUCAACCAGUUUCAUUAGUGAGCAUUUUCAUUUUAAAACGCUGUUUAUUUUUUUUUUUACAGCUAAGGGAUAGCUAACGUCUUAAAACAGACACCGUUAAAGUGAAAUAUGCCUCGGAGAAAGAGGAAUGCUGGGAGCAGCUCGGACGGCACUGAGGAUUCAGACUUCUCUGCUGACCAUGAGCACACAGACCGAAUCGAGACCUAUGGGAGAACACGGAGGAACACGCGCCUCACCCGGGCAUCGCUGCGACUCAGCCAAAGUUCACAAGAUUCCAGCCCUGUCCAGAUCAGCCCAGCAGAAGUGGUGACCUUCUCUGCCCGGCGAGUGACCCGUAGCCGUAGUCUGCAGCAAGGGCCGCCGGUCACCCCCAAGAAAUACCCUCUGCGCCAGAGUCGCUCUUCGGGGUCGGACACAGAGCAGCAUGUGGAGGACCUGAAGCGGGCAGCAGACCAGGACGAGUCUCCGCCCCGCACCCCAACAGGGAACGCCCUCUCAUCGGAGUCGGACAUUGACGUGUCCAGCCCUAACGUCUCUCAUGACGAGAGCCUGGCCAAGGAGCUGUCACUUAAAGACACUGGCAGUGACCUCUCCCACAGGCCCAAGCGCCGCCGCUUCCACGAGAGCUACAACUUCAACAUGAAGUGCCCCACACCAGGCUGCAACUCUCUGGGCCAUUUGACAGGGAAACAUGAGAGGCACUUCUCAAUAUCUGGCUGCCCUCUCUUCCACAACCUCUCUGUAGAUGAAUGCAAGACGAGGGCCUCCUCUCGUGACAAACAGGUGGAGGAGCGGACAUUGUCCCACCGGCAGGAUGAGAACAGACACGGUACCCGUCACCAGGCCCCAACGGAGAGACAGAUGAGGUACAAGGAGAAGGUGACGGAAAUGAGGAAGAAGAGGAACUCGGGUCUGCUAAAAGAGCAGAAAGACCAGUACAUGGAUCACCGGCAGUCCCACGGCAACAACCGAGAGCCCCUCCUGGAGAACAUCACAAGUGAUUACGACCUGGAGCUCUUUCGAAAAGCCCAGGCACGUGCUUCGGAGGAUCUUGAGAAGCUGCAGGGCCAGGUGGCGGAGGGCAGCAACAUGAUCAAGACCAUCGUGUUUGGCCGCUACGAGCUGGACACCUGGUACCACUCGCCCUACCCCGAGGAGUACGCCCGCCUGGGACGCCUCUACAUGUGUGAGUUCUGCCUCAAGUACAUGAAGAGUCUGACCAUCCUGCGUCGGCACAUGGCCAAGUGUGUCUGGAAACACCCACCAGGGGAUGAGAUCUAUCGAAAGGGAAACAUCUCCGUCUUUGAGGUGGACGGUAAAAAGAACAAGAUCUACUGCCAAAACCUGUGCCUUCUGGCUAAGCUCUUCCUGGACCACAAGACCCUAUACUACGACGUGGAGCCCUUCCUCUUCUACGUCAUGACAGAGGCUGACAACACCGGCUGCCAUCUUGUUGGCUACUUCUCAAAGGAGAAGAACUCGUUCCUGAACUACAAUGUCUCCUGUAUCCUCACCAUGCCACAGUACAUGAGGCAGGGCUACGGAAAGAUGCUGAUUGACUUCAGUUACUUACUGUCUAAAGUGGAGGAGAAGGUGGGCUCUCCAGAGCGGCCCCUCUCAGACCUGGGCCUAAUCAGCUACAGGUCCUACUGGAAGGAGGUGCUGCUGCGCUACCUCAACCAGUUCCAGGGGAAGGAGAUCUCCAUCAAGGAGAUCAGCCAGGAGACAGCCGUUAACCCAGUGGACAUCGUCAGCACCCUGCAGUCCCUCCAGAUGCUCAAGUACUGGAAAGGGAAGCACCUGGUCUUGAAGAGACAGGACCUAAUCGACGACUGGAAAGCCAAGGAGACCAAGCGUGGCAGCAGCAAGACUAUUGAACCCACUGCCUUAAAGUGGACCCCACCUAAAGGAACAUAGGACACUUCUUCCCCCUACACCAUACCACGCCAACUCUCCAACACAAUGGCCUGGGUUCAAAGCUCACGAUCAGAAUAGUUUACUUCAAACAACUUUUUGAUCAGUACACUGUGUUAGUGCAGAAUUAUUGAUCAUGAUUAUUGAGAGUCCUAACCAGGCUUAAGUAGUAGAUCAUAAUAGCAACAAGAAUACUGAUGGUGGGUUGCUUGAAUCCAGACCCUAGCUUGCCUCACACAACUUCUCAGUAGAACCGUAUUAACCUAGCGAGCCAGUCAGUUAGUACGUAUGGGAAUAUAGCUGUCUUUCUGGGGAGGGGUUGAGGUAACACCACAAUGUAUCCAUGUGUCUUGAUUGUCUUUAAUAUUUUCUGUUUGGUUUGGGCUUUAUUUUUCUUUAUUUUACUUUAUUUUACUUUAUUUUUUUUAUAUAUGUUUUCAACUUCUGUUUGGUUUUACCACUGUUUUAAGCUGUUUUGGCUAAUGUCCUUUUUUAAGCUAUUUUACAUUUGGCUUCCUGAAAGAUUGCCAAUUCCCUUUCUUCCCCUUCUCUCCACAGUGUGCACUCUUUCAAGUAUUUAAAAGCAGCGGACUGGUGAAAACGUUGGCUGGAGGAAGUUCCUGACCCCAAUCCCUUCCUUUUAAAUCCAUGAGGGAGAGUGCACAAGUAAACACUUUGUGGGAGGAGGAGAAGAACUGGAAUUCUCAGUCAGUCUCUGCCUGAGGCCGAAGUGCGAAUUUGAUGUCAAGUUCAAGUCAUGCUGUCAAUAUAUUUAAAUGAUGGAGAGAAGAUUUUAUAGUACAGGUUUGGCAAGACAAAGUAUAUUUGAAGAAAGUUUUUAAAAUGUGCAGGACUGGUUUCCUAGCCGUACUGAGAACUAGAUUUGAACGUGUCAUUUAGAAGAGAUUUUCUCGAACAUGUUGCAGAGGAACAAGCAAAUGCAUGUAGUACACAGCAAAAGAGACUAUUUGUCUUGCGCUGUGGUCAACCCAUUUUAUGUCUGUUUAUGUGUAUAAGGAUAAAAUAAUGGAGGUUACUGACUGUUAGACUGUGCAUAUACAUGGGAUGAAACCAGAACUGACCUCCAUCUGCUGUGUGUAUAUAAAGAUUUUGAGUUUCCACAGCGACGUAUGGCCCUCAUCUCAAGAAUUUAUAGCCACAAUAGGGCAACAAAUAUAUAAAGUGCACAUCUUUAUAGUUGCAGAAGAAAUGGCCUUUACUGACCAUAUGUCAAAAGUGAACUCUUUAUUAACACCGUAAAGGAUUCACAAACUUCACUGUCAUUCUGAAAUAGUGUUAAUCAUUUGUGUAGAGUUUUGAGUUUUUUAUUCCCGUUGUGUUUCUGGGUUCUUUCUUGUGUGUUUAAAAAAAUAAGCUAUUUGAUCUGUGUAUUUGUAUGUCAGAGGGGAGAAACAAAACAAGCUCAGAAUCUGAGAGGAGGUAUUUCUUCAAGGCUGCCAAAUAGACUGUAUAUUUCACUGUCAUAUUUCAAUGGAUCCAGGUUGAACUAGGAAACUAAUACUCCAAUAAUAUGGCGUUAUGAUUCUUUUCAGAAUAUAAGCACUUGUGUUGGAUGUCCAAUUUAAAUUGCAUGUUAAAAUAGUUUUGGGCCAGUCCAGCUUCAUUCAUUCCUUCUGCUUUUGAAUGUUAAGUAAAAGGCCUUGAAAUAUACCUGCCCAUCAGAUUGUUUACUUUCUUAUUUUGACUCUCUAAAACUAGAUUGUACACUGUCCACUAUAUUUUGGGGUAUGAUUUUGAUUUAGUUGCAAAGUUCAUGGUUCUUCAAAGAGUCUGUAUAAUGGCAGCAUCUUUGGCAUGAAUAGAUGCGAACUUGGCCUAACAUCAGAGGUAUUAUAGCAGGUCAACUUGCAGCUCAUUUCACUGUAUAUUUUAUUGGAACCUGAGAAAACACUGCUACAACAGGUCAACUGUUAAUUUCCCCAAAACAAUUCUCCUUUACCUCUGCCUUUCAUAUUUUGCCUCCCAACAUGUUGCUGUGGUCUGUGUUGUCUUGAUGUUUCCUCCUGUGCCAGUCAUGGCAGCUAUAGAAAGACACUCCAGAACAGCUCAGUUUAUCUGAAACCAGUGUGUGUGGUCAUAAUGUUCACCUUCAUACAAGCAUUUGUUCUUCAAUAAGCUAUCAAAAGAGCAGUAGACCACUGUUGCUGCACAGCAGUCAGCAGUACCUCUGUACAGCAUUAAUAUGUAGAUAAGUUGUGUGCACCUGCUUUUGUACUUGCUUCCUCUCAAAUAAAUCUAAACUCCAAAAUGUCUUGA